AAAGCAAGAUGGCAGCCGUCGUAGAGAGGACUGAUGGAGGUGUCGGGUCCUUGGACUCGGACUCAGUGUCAGCGCGACAGUGCAGCCCUCCACCGGACCAGCCGCACCAGAACAACCCGCUGUUGGGACUGCCCAUCGUCGCCAUCGAGACCAUCCUCAAUAUGCUCUCUUACGACGAAAUUAGCCUGCUUCGCUCGGUGUGUAAGCGCAUGGACAUGAUCUGCCAGCGUGUCCUGAAUCAGGGCUUCCUGAAGGUGGAGCGUUACCACAGUCUGUGUCAGAGACAAGUCAAAGCCCAGCUGCCCAGACGAGAGUCUGAGAGGAGGAACCACUCCCUGGCCCGUCACGCUGACAUCCUGGCUGCCGUGGAAACACGCCUCUCUCUCCUCAACAUGACCUUCAUGAAAUAUGUCGACUCCAAUCUCUGCUGCUUCAUCCCUGGAAAGGUGAUCGAUGAGAUUUAUCGCGUUCUGCGUUAUGUGAACUCCACCCGAGCCCCUCAGCGAGCUCAUGAGGUCUUGCAGGAGCUCAGGGACAUCUCCUCCAUGGCCAUGGAGUACUUUGACGAGAAGAUCGUCCCCAUCCUGAAGAAGAAGCUGCCUGGAGCUGACCUGUCCGGCCGCCUCAUCGGGUCCACGCCAGUGGCAGGUCCAUCUACCUCCCUGACCACCAUGUCCCUGUUGGCCAAGAACACACCGUCGCGCUCGGAGAUGACCAAGGUGCAGCAGCAGGUGAAGGUGAACGGGGCGUCGAUGACGGUGCUGCGCAGGGAGAUGCAGGAGAUCCGCGUCAAGCAGCUGGAGCAGCAGAAGCAGCUGCAGGACCAGGAGCAGAAGCUUCUGGAACAGACCCAGGUGAUUGGUGAGCAGAACGCCCGCCUCGCGGAGCUGGAGCACAAGCUCCGGGAACUGAUGGACAGCAACGCCGCUGCUAUGGGAGGAGCCAGGCCUGGCACGGCUGUCCCCUCCACGUCCAGCAGCGUGUCUUCCACUGCUGCCGGCACGUCUGCUUCUGUGCUGCUGGGGGGCGACAGCGUGGCUGCAGCCUCGUUACCCUUAGUGGCGGAAGAUCAGGGAGGGUCGUCACUUAAACGCACCAAAAAGAGCCCGGACCUUCCACGACAGUCCAAGCGGCUGCGCAGCAAGUAAUAAGAGACUGUGCGUCACAUGGUUAGCUUUUGUUUUAGGUUUGUAGGUCUGACUGAUCACACGUGUCCAUGCCCCGCCCCCAACACUCGAUUUCUCCCUGUAUGCUUUGUUUGUGUUGCUUUUGCCAGCAGUGUUAAAAAAGGAUGCUGCUGUCCACAGCUGAAACACUGAGUCUGCAGCGUCACCACACACACACACCCACUCUUUUAAUCAUUAAUCAUUAAUCAUAGCGGGAUUCUAGUUUGCUGAUAUACGUGCAGUUUAAGGCCAAAUACAGCCUGAUGCUAAUAUGGUCUCAGUAAUAUUGAGCACCGCUCGUGUUCACCCACAGCAACACUGGCUCUCUGAGUUAGGACGAUCCGCUCGGUUAGUUUGGGUUCUCAACAUAGAAGUUAAGACGAAAAAGGAAAAUAUAGAAGACGACAAAGUCAGAGGCGUUGUGUUGCAGUUUACUCUGAAAUGACUGCGUGUGUGUGUGAGAGAGAGAGGUGUUGACCAGUGUGAAAACAUGGACGACUCGAUGUUUAACUCACAGUUAGGGUCUAUGGUGUGUGUCUCACACACACACAAACUCACAAAGUCUCCCACACCAAAGUUCACAUGUGACAUAUUUAUGACUUCAGCACAAUUGUAUGAAAUGAGGCAGGAGCAGACUUUAGUGUGGGACAGUGUGUGUGUGUGUGUGUUGUAAUCUCAGCACACUGACUGUGUCUGUACUUCACACAAUCACACUUAAAAAACCCAUUCAUGAAAAAAAGAAAUUUUUUCGUCACAGGGAAGUCUCGUUUCAUCAUCAUCAUCAUGUUUUGCUUUUGUGUGAAACGGCAAUGUGCAAUAUUAACAAUCAUCUAAGAAGUGGGAGAGUGGUUUAUUUCCCUUCAGCUCAGUCUGAUCACGUCAGUGAAUCCCGUGACAGGCAGUGAUCGGGGGGCAUUAGUGUGGCAUGAGUGUGGCAUGAGUGUGGAAACUGCUGCUCUGCUUGUGUCUAAACACAGACGCAACAUUUGCAUUUCCGCUCCGCUCUCUCUCAACCUAAUGGCCAUUUAUUACUCGUACCAGUGAUUUUUCUUUGAAAUCUUUCACCAGGUGUAUAACAAAUAUUGCACAUUUCAAUACAGCUAAAUAUUCUAUAGUGAGCACGGAUUCUGUUUACGAUGAUUCUGAUUAUUUGUAGUCGGAACUCUGACUUCCAACACGCCACCGUACCAGCACUGCUGCUCUUACUGUGAAUAUCUCUGCUGUUGUGUUUGUGUCCCACUGUUAAACGAGGACAUGCAGCAUUUACGUCAGAACUCGGAGCCGUGAGUGACAUCCCAGGGGAAAAGAAACGUGGAUGCUGGGCUCGCCAUUAUCGGUGCAAAUAGCAGUGUUUGUGCGAUGGCGGCCAUCUUGGAAUCCUAACUGGGGCGUAGGUGAGGUUACUGUGAGCGUCAGAGAUGAAAGGCUUAGUUCAGAGGGCGUUACUAUGAGUUUGGAAAUUGGAAAAAACUUGGGUGACGGAACUCCCAGUUCAGACUUUAAUGUCACAUCAUGACUUGUUCUUCCUCCAAACAUCGACUGUCUCUGACUUAGAGAAAUGACUAUUAUUUUAAAUCAUUUGGCCACAUGCUCGCCAAAGUCUGAACGACUGGAAAGAUUUUUGUAAAAAAUAAAAAUAGCUGUAAGUCACCAUCUGAUCUCUUGGUUUUUGACAUUGAAGGAACAUGUUGAACGUCCUGGUGCGUGAACACGCGUUCACCGCGGUGCGUGAACACGCGUUCACCACAGAACGCUCAGCCGGUGUUUGGUCUGUUGUCUUUUUUCUUUGAGCUUGUGAUUAAUUAUGAGACUGACGGACUGAGUUGAACAAAUCCCUGGUUAAGCUCGCUCUGUUUCUGUAGAUGAAUCAUUUUUCAUUAAAAGAGAGAAAAUGGCAGAAAAACCAUUUGAUCCUUAAAUCAAACUUUGUCCUGACGUUUAAAAAAAGAAUAAAAGUGCUCACUUCCUGUCUGGAAUCACGCAGA